GCAAUUUGUAGAUGGGCAGGGUAUCCCGAUCUGUUUAUCACGUUAACGUGCAACCCAAGAUGGCCGGAGAUUGAUCGCUUUUUACGUGACAUGAAUCUUAAGUUUGAAGAUCGGCGUGAUAUAGUAUGUCGAGUUUUUAAAAUCAAACUGGAUGGUCUUAUGAAAGACUUGCGGCAUAAUAAGGUGUUCGGUAAUGUUAAAGCAGCGGAGAUUCCUGAUAAAGAUGAGGACCCACAGUAUUUACAAUGCAGCUCGUGAUUUUAUGAUGCAUGGACCAUGUGGUUCAUACGCUAAGUCUGCUCCAUGUAUGGCUAACAAAAGGUGUAGCAAGCAUUUCCCUAAAGGUUGGUGCAGUGUCACGACUAUUGAUGGUGAGGGAUAUCCAGUUUAUAGGAGAAGAGAUGAUGGUCGAACUAUUGAGAAAAGCAAGGUCCCACUUGACAAUAGAUUUGUCGUUCGGCACAAUAGGUUUUUGUUGAUGAAAUAUGAUGGCCAUAUCAAUGUCAAGUGGUGCAACCAAUCUCGGUCCAUUAAAUACUUAUUUAAGUACAUUAAUAAAGGACACGAUCGGGUCACCGUAGGCUUUUUUAAUAGUGCAAGUGGACAUGAAGAAACUAGACCGGUGGAUGAAAUCAAAAUGUAUUAUGAUUGUUGUUACAUAUCUCCGUGUGAGGCUGCAUGGCGUAUACUUGGAUGUGAGAUUCAAUAUAAAAAUCCACCCGUUGAGCGACUUAUCUUUCAUUUGAAAGGAGAGCAAACAGUGAUCUUCUCGGACAAUGAUCCUCUUAAUUCUGUAGUAGGAGGGAGAAGUGUAAAGGAUAUCAUGUUUUUGGGUUGGAUGGAGGCUAAUAAAAAGUAUGAGAUGGCGAGGCAGUUGACGUAUGCUGAAUUCCCGCAAAAAUUUGUAUGGAAGAGUGGUUAUAGGGAAUGGAUGCCAAGAAAAAAGCUUUUUCCAUUGGUCGGAUAUACUAUGUUCCACCAGGAUGUGGGGAGUCAUAUUACAUGAGGUGUUUGUUGAACCAUAUCCAGGGAGUGACACGACACGAAGAUUUGAGGACGAUAGAUGGUGUGUUAUACAAAACGUAUCGCGAAACUGGUCUGGUCUAGUAAACGUCUGGUCUCUGUGUAUUUUAUAACUACGGAAGUUCAAUCUAGUCUGCUCUGGUCUGUUUAAGUCUGGU